UCAACUAUCGCCCCUUUUCUUUCCUUCACCCUAACUCUCAUCUUCACAUUAGCCCUCUCCCUGGUUCCCCUUCUAGUUCUGGCCUUCGUCCUUGACCUCACUCAAGAUUUCGCUUUUGUUCUCGCUCUUGCUCUCGUUCUUUUUCUUACUCUUUUUGUUUUUGUUUUCACUUUAGCUUCUUCUUUUCACCAUAUUUUCCCUUUUUUACCUCCACCUCCACAUCGUUCUCUUUUUCGCUAUCAUUCUCACUCUCAUUCUCGCUCCCAUCUUCACUCUCGCCUUCGUCUCGCUUUUACCCUUCACCUUCACCUCACUCUUGCCAUUGUCCUCAUUCUCGCUUACGCUAAUGUCUGGGUACCUGCUUUUUUCUUGCAUCCUCUCCUUUUUCCUCACUUUCGCUCUCGCCUCCUGCCUACCCCUAAUCCUCACUAUGGCUCUCUUUCUCUACCUCUUAUUCCUCCUCUCGUUCUCGUAUCCAUCCUCGAUUACCUUCAAUUCACUUCGCCCUCAAUCUCCAUUUUGGCUGGUGCCCUCUUCUUCUGUAUCUCGCCCUCGCUCUCACGAUUCGCCGUUGCCUUUGCAUAA